AUGAGAUGGUUGGCUGGAAUUUAUCUGGACCCAAGUACAGACUUAAUCAUUAUUGUUAGAGUGGAUGGGUCAAUUAAAAGAAAAUAAGAAUAAGUAUUUAGCACCUGGUAGAAAUAGAAUAGAAGUUCUGUAUUAGAUAUUAAAAUUCAUGAUUAUUACUUUUAAGAUUUUUACAUGA